GCGUCUCUGCUAAUCACAGCUGCACCACCGGGGCUGGGAGAGGCCACGAGACACCAGCUUCUGCUGCUGCCGUUCCGACUCCCUUUUAUUAUUUUAUUAUUUUUUUCCUCCCCCCCCCCUUCCUCUUUUCCUCCUUUCCCUUUCCGCCAAGGCCAAACUCCUCCACCGCCACCAGCAGCACCAAAGCACCGGCCCCCUCCCUCCAACCCCCCUCUCCCUUCUCCUCUGCCUCCAAAGUUGCAACCUCUCCGGCCGCCCCGGGCGCAAAAGGAGGAGGGGGGAGGGGACCUCCAAAAUAGAGGGGGCCGGAGGGAGGGAGAGAGGAGAAAAAGGCAGAGAGAGGAGAGAGGAGAGAGACAGAGCUGGAGAGCCCCGAGCCGUGAGCUCCAGACUCCGCAUCCGAGAGACAAAAGACUUCGCAGAGAAAGAGACUCCGCUCGAAGCCGUGCAGAAGCCGGCUCUCUCUCUCCCCCCCUUCCCCAUCCCAUCUCCCGACCCCCCCCCACCCCACCCCCGGCCGGUCCUGGCUGAAGUGGCAAAGUUUUGCCUCUUUUUAUUUUUCCCCUCCUUUAUUCUUUUAACUUCUUAAUUUUGGCCGUGCGCAUCUGUGAUUUUUUUUUUUUUAACUCCUUAAUUUGGGCCCGGGCUCGUUGGGUGAUUUUUAACUUCUUAAUCUGGGGGGGGGGGGGGGGCCCGGGCGCGUUGGUGAUUUUUUUUUUCAACUUCUUAAUUUGGGGCUCUUUGGUGACUUUUGCUUCUUAAUUUUGGCCAGGCUCGUCGGUGAUUUUUUUUUUUCACUUCUUAAUUUUGAUCGGGUGCGAUUUGUGAUUUUUUUUUUUUUCUCAGCCGCUUAGUUUUGGCCGGGCGCAUCUGUGAUUGUAUUUUUUUUUUUUCUGGUGGCCGGGAGAGUGGAGAUCCCCCCGGCCCCCGUCCCCCCGCGGGGUCGGAGACUGGGGUGAGCCAAGCCCGGGCAGACCCCCUCCCCCCCUCCCCCGUCCCCUUCCCCCUCCGCCCCCACGAUGGCCGGAGAGCUGAGCAUGGCCGCGGAGCUGCCCACCAGCCCCCUGGCCAUGGAGUACGUCAACGACUUCGACCUGAUGAAGUUCGACGUGAAGAAGGAGCCCCUUGGCAGGACAGAGCGAGCCGGACGCCACUGCACCCGCCUGCAGCCGGCCGGGUCGGUGUCGUCGACGCCCAUCAGCACGCCCUGCAGCUCGGUGCCCUCCUCGCCCAGCUUCAGCCCCACGGAGCAGAAGACCCACCUGGAGGACCUGUACUGGAUGGCCAACGGCUACCAGCCCAUGAACCCCGAGGCCCUGAACCUGACCCCGGAGGACGCCGUGGAGGCCCUGAUCGGCUCGCACCAGGUGCCCCAGCAGCUCCAGGGGUUCGAGAGCUUCCGUGCCCACCACCACCAGCACCACCAGCACCACCACCAUCACCACCACCAGUACCCCGUGGUGCCCCACGAGGACCUGAGCGGCAGCGGGCACCCGCACCCGCACCCGCACCACCACCAGGCCUCGCCCGCCCCGUCUACCUCGUCCUCGUCCUCGUCCUCGCAGCAGCUGCAGAACGGCCACCCGGCCCACCCGGCCUCCAACAGCGUGGAGGACCGGUUCUCGGAUGACCAGCUGGUGUCCAUGUCGGUCAGGGAGCUGAACCGGCAUCUGCGCGGCUUCACCAAGGACGAGGUGAUCCGCCUCAAGCAGAAGAGGAGGACCUUGAAGAACAGGGGCUAUGCCCAGUCCUGCAGGUACAAGCGAGUCCAGCAGAAGCAUCAUCUGGAGAACGAGAAAACCCAGCUCAUCCAGCAGGUGGAACAGCUCAAGCAAGAGGUGUCCCGCUUGGCCCGCGAGAGAGACGCCUACAAGCUCAAGUGCGAGAAAUUUGCCAGCAACGGCUUCAGGGAGGCCGGGUCCACCAGCGACAACCCCUCCUCUCCCGAGUUCUUCAUCUGUUAGUCUCAGCCCAUGAGACCCGAGGCGGAGAGGAAGAGGAGGACACGUAAAGCGUUUUUAUAGAUCGCUUGCCUUCUGAACUCCGUGGACUAAAACAAGGGACACUCAACAAAGCCAUCUAUAACAAACUGUCUGACCGAGAGUAAAGGAAGGCGAUCCGGGCGGGAUCUCAUGAAAACUUUUUCUGCUGCUCGGAGAGGAAAAUAAUGAAAAGAAAAGAAAAGAAAAGAAAAAAAAAAGAUGGGACGGGGAGGGAAGGGAAGGGACAGUAUAUGUAAAAUGUUCAUAUAUUGCCUGCUUAAGAGACCUAGUUACAAAGGACUCAGAUGGAGUGGGGGUGGGGCGGGGGGGGGUGGGGAUUCGAUGCAAAAUCUCAUCAGUUUUAUUGCCUGCUUGAUUAUAUAGAAAAAUACGAAAAUCUGCAUUAAAAAUAUUAAUCCUGCAUGCUGGACAUGUAUGGUAAUAAUUUCUAUUUUGUACCAUUUUCUUGUUUAACUUUAGCAUGUUGUUGAUCAUCGAUCAUAGCUUUUUUGUUUGUUUCAUUUGAUAAAAGGUAUCGCAGUUAUAAAACUUUUACUGCUUGUGCAGUCAUUUUUUUUUUCUGUUAUGGUUGUUAGCUUGUAAAUAUCUGCCACAUCAAACCGCACAGAAAACAUUUCAGCAGGCUGGUAUACAUUGGUUUUCCUUUUUUAAAGUAAAGAAAUAAAGUUAUGGGCAUUUUGCAUUUGCAUUCAGAAAGCAAUUUUGUAUAUUUGGUGCACUUUUAAGUUGCGUGUUUUCUUCUUCCUUUUUUUUUUUUUUUUUUUUAGUUUUCAUUUUGGUUUUUGUUUGUUGGGGACGAAGUGAGAGCGGCUCGAUUUCAUUGACAAAAACCUAAACUGAACAAGGAGAGGGGAUGGUGCCAGCUUCACUAUUAGAUGGUGGUGGUGUGAACGGGAUGGAGGCUCCAAAAUUUAAAGAGGCAGCCAAAGUAGAGUGUCUGCUUGGGGCACUGGAGCGAUGGAAGCGCGCGCGGGGGUGGGAGUUUGACACUGUCCGCUCAUAGGUGUGUGUGUAUUUGUAUUUUUUUUUAUUUUAAAUCUCUUCCCAUCUGAAUGAUGACACACUCAGGAAACAGGGGAAAAAAAAAAUCCUCCAUGACUUUCUGGUUUGAUUUUUUUUUUCUGUCCCCCUUCCCACCCUAACAUGGGAACCACAGGAUUGCACGUUGGUUUCCUCUUGUUAAAUCCAGGCAACAUUCAAACCCAGUGGCUGGAUUUCGAGCAACCGGCAAAUGCCAAUAGUCAGUCCAGUUAUGACUUUUCAGUUAGGUUGUCCCAGUGGUCUCAGAAUGUAUUGGAAACUGAAACGUUUUAGAGAAAUACUGCAACUUUCAAGUGUGUUCUUUGGGGGAAAAAAAUGUUCUAUGUAUCUGCUUCUCAUGCAGCGAGUGAUUUUUUUUUUCCUCAGUUGUACAGUAGUACGGAGUCUUUGGGUGUUUUUAUUACUUUUUUUUUUUCCUGCAGGUCAGUAAAAGGAUUUAAGUUGCACUGACAAAAAUACCAAAAUGAAAACUUAUUUUUUAGUUUCCUUUAGAAUAUGCUGGCACUGCUGGCCGGAUGCAUUUUAAGUUUGUAUUAGUUUAUAAAUUAACAGUAAUAACAAGAGUGUAUGAACAGCAUGGUGCUUGCAGUUUUAAAUAUUGUGGAUAUUAGUCAUGCAUCAGAAACGAUCUUUGGUUUUUACUGAUUCAACUGUGUUGAAAUCAAACAUGCAGCAGCGGAAAAUUGUUUUUAUUUCAUGUAAAGUUCUGAGGGAUCAAUUUCAAAUCCUGCUUAUGAUAUGAAAAUAUUAAAACCUGGUCUAUUGUAGUUUUAUUCAGACUGGUUUCUGUUUUUUGUUAUUAAAAUUGUUUCCUAUUUUGCUUAUUAAAAUCAUUGAAAUGGCAUUU